GCCUGCAGAGCCACCAGAGGAGCGGACGCUCAGAUUUAUGAACCCACUUCAAUCGGUUUCUCUUUAGGACACGUUUGCGUCCUUUUACGAGAAAAACAACUCGAAAAGCAGCAGAUAAAACAAGUUACAGUGGAGAGGGUGCCAUUGUUUCAUUAAGAAAGGUUAUCGAUCCAGAGGAAAUGAUGCAAAAGGAAAACAACGCUAUGGGGCACGUAGAUAAGCUAUGCUAAUUUUAAAAGAGGGGAAGGAAGCAUGACUCCAAAGUUUCCUCCAGCCCGACUGGACACAGUGUGCAAGAAGCAGAAGCUCGUCUUAAGGUGUGGGGGUCAGGGGGGAAACCCUUGGAAAGAUGGCACAGAAUGAAACGCAUCCCUUUUUGGAAAUACUCAAAUCCUUUAAUAGCGGCGACCUGAUCCUGGCCUUCUGCUUGUCGGUGCUGGUGGGCCUUCUUCUGGGCGCCCUGGUCUACGUCCUGCUGACUUGGGUGUCCCGCCGCAGGGCCAGCGCCCGCAUCACCCGCCGCUCCCGCGAGAAACCCGGCAAAUCGUCGCCGACUCAAAUCCCGCCGGAAGGCCAGCUUGGCCUGUACCGGAGCACCUUCCUCGGCGUCUACCGCCAGCCCUCCCUGGAGCUGGUGGGACCUCUGGGGAGCAAACCGGGCCCGGAGACGUCCACCUUUCGUCCUUUGGCCGGGAAAGGCGGCCCGGAGAUGGGAGAAGACACGGAGGCGAGCCCGCCCGAGGUCUCGACCCGUUCGGCGUCCCCGGUUCCGAACAAGCGCCACUCCUUCUGGCUGGGCGGUAACGGACUCAAGGGGUUUCUGCCCUCGCAGACGGCGCCGCCCGCCUACAACAGCAUCAUCCACGCGUUCCAGGAGUCCUGCACUUGAAUGCAGCCGAGACUUUGGAGAGGCCCCCUUAGGGAAGCCCUUUAAAUUGAAGACCCUGUCAAGUAAAUUCAGCGAUGUGUUUUACAUGAUACGCGUUUAACUGAAAACGUGCCGAGACUGAGGACGAUGCAGGACUCAAUUGUGGGGUUAAACUCUUUUGAACCAUUUCUGUUUUCCUGAUUUCUCGGGUGUGGCUAAAAUGGCGCCCAGUGACGCACUUCAGCAUCAAGCGUCGGGUUCUUGUUUUCGCAGGUGGAGAUCUCACGCCUGUGUCAAGGUGCCCUCUGACCUCUGCAUAACUUGUGUUCAUAUGUUUCAGAAAUAUGUAUGAUCAUUCCUGUGCUGUUUUGAUUGUUUUACUGUCCCUUCAAAGACCGCACGUGUCUGCGGGAAUCUGUGCAAAUGUGGUGGAAACACAGACAGUUCCCACGUCUUUUUCACGCUUCCUGUUGAACACUGUUACCACUGACAAAUAAAAUGUUUCACAGUUUCAA